CUUUUGAAUAUUUGCCCUUCAGUCUUACGUUAAUCACCCCUCGUAUUGUCUCUAUUUUCCAACCCAAACCUACCAUACUUUCGAGAUGCGUCUCCGUGUACUUCUUCUUAUUGCUAGCCUUGCUUACCUGACCAACUCAGCCCCCUCGCCCGACCCUUACCCCGUCGCAGUCCCCGAAGACGGCGCUGUGGCUGAUAGCUGUGGGUAUCCAAAUGGUAACUGCUAUGACAACGACUGCCAUGGCGAGCUCAGCAGUGACAGCAUGACAUGUUCUUCGGGGCAAUACCUUGGGUGUCAAUGCGGAUAUGGUUGCGGCCGCAACGUGGGGCGCUGCAACGAAAAUGGCUGUGCUGGACAGAAUGGUCGCUGCACAAACAACUACCUCAGUUGUAAUUGUCGCUAAAGCAUAUCAGCCGACGUGAUGGGAGUCUAGGUUAGGAGAGGUGAUGCAUACGCCCGUUCUCGUCAUGCCUAUGGUAGUGUCGCC